GUCCCGCACAGUUCUUCUUUCACAGUCAUCAGUACCAUUGCCAAGAGAAGGAGCACUUUGGCCCGGCUUUUCCGAAAAGCACUACUAGUACUGGUAUUUCUCUGUACGACCAAUCGGCAUUUCGCAACAGAAGGAGGGCUGUCGAGAGAGGGAACCCAAGUUCCUAUGUGGCAUAAUAUCUUUGGAUCUCACAGGCUGUUUGCAACGAAGACAUCAUGAACGCUUCAAACUUGUGUGUCUUAUCGGUGGCUGUGAUUUGUAUGGUGCUAGCUUGGAGUGAACCUUCCAAAGCCUGUGUUCCAUGUACAUGUAACGGCGGUUUUGUCAUGUCGUGCCAAAACAUUGCCAAAAUUUCUUUGCGCUAUGCGCGUUUGACGAAUCUCAGUGGCUCAGCAUUUCAGAAUAACAAGAUCAUUACGAAUAUAGAUUUGAGAGGUAAUCAUCUUGUUCACCUACCUGCCGGACUGUUCAACGCCACAACCAAAUUACAAAAGCUAGAUUUGAGAGACAAUCGUCUUCUUCACCUACCUGCCGGACUGUUCAACGCCACAACCAAAUUACAAAAGCUACAUUUCAAUUAUAAUCAACUUGUUGACCUACCUGACGGGCUGUUUAAAGCCACAACCGAAUUACAAACCCUACGGUGGCAGUAUGGUGUGGAGUUUACUAGUGUAGAGCACAAAAAGCAGUGGCCCAAGGGCGCUACCUUGGGGAACACCACGGGAGCAACUGACGGCUUCACUACCGGAGUCCAGAACUUUGACACUCUGGAAACGCCCUGA